AUGUCCAACUCAAGCGAGGCCUUAGCCUUGGUAGAGAAGCUGGAAGGGCUCAACAUCAGCACAGAAGAGGUAUCACCACACCAAGGAGCAUCAGGAAUUCUCAGCGAGCUCGCUGUCCAGCUGCGGUCAAGCGAGACACGCAGCGCUCUCACUUCAUCCGCCCUUCCUCGACAGCUCACUACAGUCCUCAAAGCUGCCAAAAGCCAUGGAUGUGCUUCGCCCCUCGCUCUCAUCGAGCAAGCCGGUCGAGUCGCAGCCAACUUGGCCGCAAACAAUGACCCCGGGCGGGAUGGACUAGUCGACUCAGGCUACAUCGACAGCUGCUGCCAGAUCCUAGCCCAGUGCUGUGCCGAUAUUGACCAAUCACUGGCGGCCGUCAAGGCACUGACGGUUAGCUUGUUGAACUUGGUCGUGGAGGGGCAUGAACGGGCCGUUAAGGAGCUCGCUCGGGAGGAGCACAGUCGAGCGGUGCUGAAAGUAUCGGCCAAGCUGCUAGGGAGGGCAGUAGCCGAGGACGACGGGGAGCAGGUCUUGGGCUGGACAUGGGCAAUACUUCUGCAUGUUCUAGAAGACAAUCCGAACGACAACCUCAUCCCUGGUAUCAUACUUCCCUUCAUCACCCAUCAGGAUGAGACAAGGACACCCCCUGCUAUCGCGGUGUUGUCCUCCGCGGCCGACAUACUGGACGCUUGGUGUGGCGCCGAGACCGUCAGCGCGGAGCCAUACCUGCGAUCCAGCUCGUCGGAGUCUACUGUACCAUUGUCGACCCUCCUCGACUUCGUGGAAUGCGCUCAGCCCCGGGGUGAUCAAGUCGAUGAGGAUGACGAAGACGAGGCGGUAGAAGGGGAGGCUGCGACCGCGGCCGGCGAGAAGGCCUUCGCCAAGGUUAAAGGCAACGUCAUCAACGUCCUCGUCGGUCUCAGCUCCUCCAUACCAGCCACCGACGCCAUCUUUUGGUCUAGGAUGCGCCUCUGGCUCAACUCCAGCGCUCGGGAUGAUCUCCUCUGCUGCGCCCUCCUGUCCUUCGGUAACCGCGUCCGGGAAGACGCCAGCGCAACAGCACUCCUCCAGGGAGAAGAAUCUCUCUUACCGUCGAUUCGCCACAUCCUACAACCCGGCAUAACCGCCCAAGUCUUACACUCCAUCAUUGGCCUCAUCCGCAAUCUCUCCAUUCCGGAGGCGAAUAAGGUGGUUCUCGGCGGGACGGACCUUUUGGAUAAGCUCGUCGAGCUGGGUGUAUGGACUGAGGAGAGGGAUCUAUUGGGGUCUGUGCAGGGUGGCGCAGUGGGGAUUGUCAAGAAUCUGUGCAGAGGGAAUGUGUCAAAUUCUGUUAUGUUGGCAGAGCACCCCAAGGCCAUAGAUCAGAUACUUGGCCUGUACAAACGUGCAGACGAUCCUGCCAUCCGUUUCGAAGCCACCCGGGUCUUUGUCAACGCCAUCCGGUCCGUCACCUCCGCCGGAGCAGCCGAGAAGAACGUGGUCCCCGAGUUCGAGGAUCCACGGAUCCUAUCGGCCCUCCUCGACAUGUUCAAGGAGAGCGGCCCAUAUCCCAUGCUAGCGAACGAGUCCAUCAUUGCGCUUGCAAUAUCGGUCACCUUCGGUUCGGCCGAGACAAGUUCGUCAAUACGCACUGGGCUCACUGCGCAUCUGCAGAGAGUUUGCGAGAUCGUGGCGCCGGGAGAGGGGCAGGAAGUGUCGAGCAGGGAGGUGAAGGCGAACAUGGUCACGCUCUUGAAGCAGGUGGACAGCCAGGCGGGGCCGGAGGAGUCGCUGGUUCGGAAGCUCAAACUCUCGCUGACAGAUGGCAAGGACCCGGAUAUAUUACUCGCUGUAGAUGAGGCAGUCACCCUGUAG